AUGUAUUUUCAAGUUACUGUACUAAAUCAAGUGCUCAUUUUAUGUGAUGGAGCAUCAAAAGGUAAUCCUGGAAGUUCUGGGUAUGGUUUUGUUGGAAGGAGCAGCAUUGGAGGUUAUCUUGAGGCAGUGGCUGGUGGACUGGGAAUAGCCACUAAUUUCAUAGCAGAAGUGAUGGCCUUAAUAUGUGCAGAUGAAUGGGAUAUAAGAAGACAGUACUGGAAUGUUUGUUUUAGCCUGGAUUCAAAAGAAGUACUGCAAGAUUUUAUCUCAGGCAAAGUACCUUGGAUAGUAAAAAACGGAUGGAAAAGAAUAAUGGAUAAACUACACAGCAUUUCCUUUAGACACUCUUAUAGAGAAGUGAACUUUUCUGCAGAUAAAAUGGCAAAGAGAGGUUCAGCUUUAAAAAGAGGAGGAGUAAUGAUUUAUGAAGAGAAACCUAUAUUCUUGGGAGCUCUGGAAUCUGAAAAUCAAGUCUACUUUAGAUUCUGCUAA